AUGGCGGGCAUGUUCAAGAGCGUAUUUGGCUCCCAGGGAGCCAAGCCUGAUGAUGACUUCGCCGAUUUCGUGGAAGCUCCCAACCCUUCGCCUGCGUCCCUCCUCGCCGACUCAACCACUGUCCCAGCUGCCAAUACGCUGGCCGCCAAUGCCGUUCCCUAUACGGCCUGGUACCGCGUGUGGGAGAGGACAUCAUUGAGCGAUUUCAAGCAGGAGGCGAUGAUCAUGCCCAUUAUCCUCCUGAUCGUCCUCUUUCACCUCUGGGGUUCGCGCAAGAACAGACGCAAGGCAAGGGACUGGGCGCAAGCUCAUGGACCCUCUCUCCAGAAGGAGUUUGCCGUCGUCGGAUUUGAUGGAAUUGCUCGCCCAGCCUCCGAGGAGGGUGAGAAAAUCACCGUGGAGCUGGCCAAUCCUGAGUCCUUGCUGAAGGAGAAAUCUGCCUGCGAGUUCGCCGCAUAUGCGACUGGCCGCCAGAAUGUUGCUUUCCUCGAUGUCAACCUCAAGAUGCCCAAGCGUUACAACCCGAUCACUUAUAUCAUGGAGUAUGCCUUCAGCUUCUUCUUUGAGAGCUGGGAGCCGCCUGUUGAGAAAUACGAGGCUCUGCUGUACGCUUUCGACGGCAAGGAGAAGGACCUGGUCCCCGUACUCGCUAAGGAUACUGCUCCCAUCAAGGUGCCUAACUCGACCUACGACGGCUUCAUCUGGGCUGUUGUUCACAAGAGCCACAUGCGCAAGUUCCGCAACGACCGCUACGAUGCCUCCAUCACUUUCUCUAAGGAUAACGCCAAGCUUCCCUCGUGGGUCACCGUGAUGAGCGAGAGUGCCGAGAUUAGCGAUACCCUCCUCACCCCGGAGUUGAUUCAGGCCAUUGAGCAGGCUGGUAAUGACUUUGAGUACUUGAUUGUGACUGAUCAGCCCGUCGACAAGCCUACUAAGAUUGAUGAGACCGUCCCCAAGAAGCGCAUCCAGCUCUCUGCCAACCUCGCCUCUUCCGCCUCUGGCUACGCCUCAACUCUCCCCCUGUUCAACCAGUUCCUGCGCCUAGCCGACAAGCUGGUCGCCUCUGCCCACUUCCGUACUGAGGUCAUGCGCAAGAUCCGCAACGUUCGCGAAGAGGAGAUCAAGAAACUGCGCCGUGUUGAGGAGGAAGAAAAGGCCGAAGAGCGCCGCCUUGCCGCCGAGAAGAUCAAGAAGGAUGAGCGUGAGCGCCUCCUGCGUGGCAUGAGCGCCGAUGAGCAGCGCAAGUUCCUCGACCGUGAGUCUCAAAAGGAACAGAGACGUUCGAUGAAGAAGAGCACCCGUAAGGGUUAA